AUGAAGACUAGUGCAAAAUUCAUAGUCCUUCACCCUCCAAUCCACAAACACGGCGGCGGUAGCGGUGGUGCGUUAGUAGUAGCUCUAUCUCACCGCACAUGGCUUCUGGUUUUCAUGCUCUUUUUCGCCUUCACUUUUGGUUUCACUUUCAUCACCACCAGGGACGCUGCAAGAACUUCAAGACACAAUGGUAGCGCGACUGCCACCGAAGCUACGUUACCUAGGCCAGUCUUUGACGCGCUUCUCCACUAUGCGUCUAUAAAUGACACAGCCUCCGGUCGGAUGUCAUCUGCUGAGCUGAAGAGUAUCGCCGCCGUGCUCCGCCGCUGUGCCGCCCCCUGUAAUUUCCUUGUUUUCGGUAUCACCCACGAGACCCUCCUCUGGAACUCCCUCAACUACAACGGCCGUACAGUUUUCGUGGACGAAAGCUCUUAUUUAGUCUCCAAGCUUGAAGAAAAGCACCCCAGAAUCGAAGCUUACGAUGUGCAAUUCACCACCAAAGUUAGCGAAUUGUACCCUUUGAUGGCGCAUUACAAAUUGCAGGUGAAAAACGAAUGCAGGCCGGUGCAGAAUCUCUUGUUUUCAGACUGUAAAUUGGCAAUAAACGAUUUGCCAAACCACAUGUACGACGUCCCAUGGGACAUAAUUCUGAUAGACGGGCCGCGCGGCUACUUUGCGGCUGCGCCGGGGAGGAUGACGGCUUUAUUUACCGCCGGAGAAGAUCGUUCCUCAUUUUCUCCGCCGGUGGACAAAACCCAUGUGUUUGUUCAUGAAAUUGAUAGAGAAGUAGAGAAACUGUGCAGUGAUGAGUUUUUGUGCAGAGACAAUCUGGUGGAGACUAACGAGAAUUUGGGGCAUUUUGUGGUAAGCAAAAUGACGGCAGCGCGUGGUUUCGAGUUUUGUCCACCUCCGAUUCGUCUUUCUCACCGGAAUUAA